AACCUGCAGCUAGGGUUUAUUCGAGUAGCAGUUUCUUCUUGCCGCCCACUCACGUUACCAACCAUGUCUGACGUUAUCGCCGAGCCUGCGAUUGUUGCAGAUCCCUCCCAAAUCGAUGUCAAGCUCUUCAACCGAUGGAGCUAUGAUGAUGUUCAGGUUAAUGACAUUUCUUUGGCUGAUUAUAUUGGAGUGGUGGCAUCCAAGCAUGCCACAUAUGUUCCCCACACUGCUGGUAGGUACUCUGUGAAGAGGUUCAGGAAAGCUCAGUGCCCCAUUAUUGAGAGGCUCACCAACUCCCUCAUGAUGCACGGAAGAAACAAUGGAAAGAAGCUUAUGGCUGUUAGGAUUAUCAAGCAUGCUAUGGAAAUCAUUCACUUGCUGACUGACUUGAACCCAAUUCAGGUCAUUGUUGAUGCUGUCAUCAACAGUGGUCCUCGUGAAGAUGCCACUCGAAUUGGUUCUGCUGGAGUUGUAAGGCGUCAAGCAGUUGAUAUCUCACCACUUCGACGUGUUAAUCAGGCCAUCUAUCUUUUGACAACUGGUGCACGUGAAGCUGCUUUCAGAAAUAUUAAAACAAUUGCUGAAUGCUUGGCUGAUGAACUUAUUAAUGCAGCAAAGGGUUCAUCCAACAGUUAUGCUAUCAAGAAAAAGGAUGAAAUUGAAAGAGUUGCCAAGGCCAAUCGUUGAUCAGCUCCUGCAAGCAAUAUGGGUGAUCAGAAAGAUUUUGUUUUGGUCUUUGUACUUUAUUUAAUGGUACUUCGAUCUUUAGUUACUUUUUAGCUGUUCGUUUCUCUGGUUCACAUGUUAUGAACAGUUUUUUGUUGCUUGGACGUAAAUUUGUAUUCCAAGAUUGUGAGUUCAGUUCUAGCCUGCUUCAUAAAUUUUACUAUGAUAAUUGCAAUGGCGUAGGCAUCUUUGGCCCACAA